GCGCAGUUCAGUUCGCCCCCCUCAUUUCGUUGGAUUCGGUUUCGGAGAGCGAUGACAAACAUGUAGUGGAACAACUGACAGUAAUCAUUUCAAGCGCAGCAUAGAGGACGUUGUGAGCGUUUACAAUGUGUGAAUAGCUGUUUUCUGAUGGAAGAAACCCGAUACAUCAAUCAACUUUGAAACAACAUGAAGGCAUCUGGUUGUCAAGUUCCAGACAGUGAAUGCGCACUGGAUCCAGAUCCAACGACAGGAUGAACUGAGACAUUACGCGCAAGAGGUUGCCACGGGCACGUGUUCGCUUUGACCUCUGUGGGAAUCAUUUCCGAGACAAACAACUUGGUGCGGAGGAUGUAUCAAUGAAGAAUGUGACCGCGUCUGACUCUCUCCAGACGGGGUGGAUGAAGCCCUCGGCGGUGUCAUGCGUCUUGCCCCGCAGCCAAGUGCGCAACCCUUGCGGCUCAUAGUCCUAAUCCUCCUCACCGCGGGGGUGAUCACAUCCCCGGUGCUGUCUUCGGGCUGCCCGGACAGGUGUGUGUGUGAUGACCAGCUGGUGGUUCAGUGCGCUGGGCAGCACCUGACCACCUUCCCGGUCAACUUGCCGCUGGCCACGCGGCAGCUCAUCAUCUCCAACAACCGCAUAGUGGAGCUUCCGCCGCUCGCGCUCAACUACCUCUCCGAUCUUGUGUACCUGGACUGCAGCAACAAUUCCCUUACGGAGAUAUCCGAGUCCACGUUUGGGAAUCUACGGAAGCUGGCCUACCUGGACCUCUCCUUCAACACCUUGAUCCGGAUCGAGGACAGGACGUUCGGCCCCUUGGCGAGCCUGGUGAUGCUGAGGAUGACCGACAACCCGGGGCUCUCGGAGAUUCACCAGGACGCCUUUGCGGAAAACGCGAACCUCCAGGUGCUGGAUGUGAGUCGGAACAACCUAACGGUGGUCAACAUCACCUCCCUGAUCGCACUGCCCGCCCUGCGCUCGGUGGGGCUCAGCGGGAACCCGUGGAGCUGCGAGUGCGACAACGAGGACCUGUGUCUGUGGGUCCACCUGGAGGGCUUCAAGUUCCAAGAUGAAGGUCAGACGGUGUGUGGCUCACCUGUUGACAUGCAGGGCCGUCGUCUGGGAGAGGUGGGUAUCCAGCUACGGACGUUAUGUCACCAGACUCUGGGCUCCUGGGACUACCUUUUCUUUGUCGUCAUCGGCUUUGUCAUCUUUGCUGCUGGUACCGUGUCGGCCUGGCUGAUGGGCGUCAUUAUGGUGCUCUAUGAGCGUUACAUCAAGAAGAAAGAUGAACAGCUCGAUGUAGACGACGAGGAAGAAUCCAGUGAGACGGGUCGUACCUCGCGGGCCAGGAGUGACCAUGGCAACGGGAAUUUGAAAACAUCACACACUGUUUAAAAUACUGUUUAAUCCCACUCUGCCCAUCACGGAUUCCCACAGUGCCUCCUGUCAACUUCCAGGACUGCCUGUGAAGUCUAAUUACACUCCAGUCAAAUUGAGUCUGUUUAACAGUCCUAGCUCUGAAAGAGAAAAGAGAGGAUUCAACAGAGAUGCACAGUGUUACUCUUCUCAUUUGUAGUGGGCUUUCAGGUGAUGUAACACACACUCUGGCUGCCAUUGUGGAGGUCCCCAGCCCUUGGGUAUUCACUCACCAUGUAUGCAAAUAUGUGACUGUGCUAUAUGGUUUAUCAAUUUGUAUUAUUUGACUGGGAUGAGGUCAUACGGGAUGACAAAGGAGCCUAAAUCAGCCAAGCUGGUUAUCUUGGAAGCAGCUAACAGAUUGUUUUACGUGAUUAUUAGCUCAUUUUGGCUUCUGUACUAGUAUCAAUGGUCACAUUUACCAACUUGAAAAAUAUUUUUACAGUUUGGGAACUGUGAUUAUUCACUUUGUUGCCAAGAGUUAGAUGAGAAGAUUAAAACCACUCUCAUAUUUGUCUGUUUGUAUGAAGUAUGAAGCUAUACAGCCAUAUUUGCUUAGAUAAUAAAAACUGGCCCAUAACAAUAGGAAAC